AGCUUCCCCCACUGCCACACACCCCAUCUCUUUCUCUCUUCUACAAUGCAAAGGCCGACUGACUCUCAGCCAGAGGGUAGGAAGGGAAAGAAUGUGAGGAAGCAGGCACACCGCGUAUUGCAGUGUGGACCUGCACCUGACAUUGGGGUGUCCCCGGAACAAUAGUGGGCUCCCUCAGUUAGGCGGAUCUGGGUCUGUGCCUCAGAUGAAAGCCACCCACCAAGGCAUCUUUUCAGAAGACAGUGGGAAGGAGGACCCUUUAUGGAUGUCACUGAGCUGUCUUUUCCUCUGUAUCAGCCCAAGUGAGAGCACAUCUCUGUCAGGUUUCUCAGUCUUCCGCAAUGAACCCAGUGUAUAGCCCCGUGCAGCCUGGGGCUCCUUACGGUAACCCGAAGAACAUGGCCUACACAGGUUACCCUACAGCCUACCCGGCAGCAGCCCCUGCCUACAAUCCCAGCCUGUACCCCACCAAUAGCCCCAGUUAUGCUCCAGAGUUUCAGUUCCUGCAUUCAGCUUAUGGAUACCAUGAAGCAACUCUGCUGAUGAAACAGGCCUGGCCACAGAACUCGUCUUCCUGUGGUACUGAAGGCACCUUCCACCUCCCAGUGGACACCGGGACCGAGAACCGAACUUACCAAGCAUCCUCUGCGGCUUUCAGAUAUACUGCGGGGACACCAUACAAGGUCCCACCGACCCAGAGUAAUACUGCUCCGCCCCCCUACUCCCCAUCACCCAACCCCUAUCAGACGGCCAUGUAUCCAAUCAGAAGUGCCUACCCCCAGCAGAAUCUGUAUGCCCAGGGAGCCUACUACACACAGCCGGUGUACGCUGCUCAGCCCCACGUCAUCCACCACACCACGGUUGUCCAGCCCAACAGCAUUCCCUCUGCCAUCUACCCGGCGCCUGUUGCUGCCCCCAGGACCAAUGGUGUGGCCAUGGGCAUGGUGGCUGGCACCACUAUGGCAAUGUCAGCAGGUACCCUGCUGACUGCACCCCAGCACACCGCGAUCGGGGCACACCCUGUCUCCAUGCCAACAUACAGGGCCCAAGGGACCCCCGCGUACAGCUAUGUGCCCCCGCACUGGUAAAGCCUGCAGCCCAUCCAAAUCUGGAGUCACACAUUGUAUGCAACUACUCAAGUCUUACACAGGUGCUGGAGCAGUCCCCUAGCAGCACCACCUCUAUUUGCAAGAAGAGACAACGGAAGUGCAAGGGUCACUUUAUGCAUCUUUAACGGUUUUGGUUUUAUUUUUGGUUUUUGUAAAAGCUGCUUUUUCUAAUCUCCUGCCUCUCCCCACUGUCCCCUUCUUAGCCGCUACCCUUCCAGCUCUAUCCCUUCCUCUUGACCAGGCACAUCCUCUUUGCUCUUCUCUCCUUCCCCAAGCAUCUGGUCCCUGGGGACCCCAGUCUAGUGGCAGGCAGAGAGUGGGGUUUAUUGCAAUGGUUCAGCUGAAGGUGUGAUUUCCUUUGACGAGCAUAACACAUGUGGCCCUCGGGUCCAAGGUAGAAACUCAGAGCUGUUGAGCAAAUUACACCUCUGGGGGAUCAUUUAUUUUUCCUGAGCAAGAUUAUUUGAGGACAUGGCCAUGUCCUAACGCAAAGGAAAGUCUUCUGAGAACCAUCGCAACAGACCAAGAUCAGAACCACCUGAUUAGGUAGGAGUGUUCAUAGCAGCUUAACACACCAGGUGAGAACCUGGGAAAACCAGAUUCUUUCUUUGAGAGAACUUGGGGGAGGGCGGGGGGGGGGGGGGCCACUGUGGGAGGGAAAGAAGGAAGAGAGGUGCUUGCCUGCUGGCUUUGGUUUGUAAGGUUUCUGGCCAAAUUGUCUGGGCCUGGACCCUCUGAUUUGCACAGUGUUGUUAACCGACCUGGCACUUCCUCAAAAGGUAAUUUUGACCUCAGACCUGCCAAGCAGCUGCAGGGUGAUGGUAUCUCAGCCUCCCAAAGCCUUGGAAGGCCAGGUGCCCUAUGUAAUCCAGACCUUGGCCCCUGAGCCUGCGUGGACCCACUCUGAUAAGAUGCUUCCUCCUGAUUAGAGUAGGAACCUGUGGCACUUCUCUCCCUACCCUCUGCCCUUCCCGGUACCAGGGUUCACCAGUCUGUCCAUAGGGCUCUUGGUUACCUUGUGCCAUUCACGGCCAAAGUGAAGGAACCACAUUCCAGGUGGGUGCUGGCAGCUCUGAAGGUCAGGAUAGUGAAGGAAAAGCAAUAGCAAUAAACAUUUCAUAGACUCAUGGAACUGAAGGGACCUUAGCAAUCAUCUCAUCCAUUCCCCUGUUUGAUUGAUGAGGAAGCUGAGGCCCAGAGAAGAUGGAAGGACUUCCCUAGAUCUUGCAGUAAAUUAGCAUUAAAUGCAGCCUACCUAGGGGCAUGUUACCCACAAAAAUUUACCUAGGGAUGGAUUAGCUUGGUUUUGUAAAAAUUAAGUCAGCAGCACCCACACCUGGUGAACUCUGGAACAGUCUCUGGGCUUUGGUUUCUGCUCUUUUCCUCCAUGGAUUCCAAAGGAGGGGGUUGAAGACUGGGCAGAGGUCACAUGGGGGCAGAUGGCAGGAACAGAAAUUGCAAAUGAGGAAAUAGCAUUCGGAAAUUCUGGGAAGACAUCUGGAACUUUCAUUCUAUACCGGACUCCAGUCCUAGAAGGAGCAAGUGGGCUGGCUGAAAAGGAGAAUCUAUGCUUUUAGGACAGUAGCCCCUCAUCCUGAGAAGAGAGGAGGACAAGGAUGAGACCCAGGAAACAGGGGCUUUCAUGGGAGAAGAGGAACUUCUGAGUCAGGAAUCAUGGCUAGUCUCAGCCUGGAGCCCACUGUCCCAGAACUGUCCCCUGCACCCGGCUUCUGGCUGGGCCAGCAGCCCCUUUGGGGAUGGAGGGGUGCAGGAACAUUUUAUUGUACAAAAUGGGAUCAUUGAUAGCAUUUGGGACUUCUAAAUAACCCUUUUCAUUUUAAAUUCAUGCAUACUUGGACAUACUCCUACCUGUACCUCCCAUGUCUCCCUUAAAGGAGGAAAAAAUUCAGGAAACUUGAGCCAGAAGGACCUCAGAGGCUGUCUGGCCAUUCCCAGGAGGGCAGAGCCCAUCAGCAUCCAACUGAGAGCCAGGAGUUGGGGGACCUACCUUCUUGGCCUUCCAGGAAACUGCAGGACCAGUAAGGAGAAACCUAGCUAUUCUAAAUGGUCUGUUCUAGGGUGCUGCUGGGGUUUCAUUUUAAAACAUCAGUUUUCCAGUGUUAAUCCAUUUUUUGCAAAUACCUCCUCCUACUCUCUGGUUUUGUAAGGGUGGGUGAAGGUUGUUGUAGAUUAUGUCAUAUGUGUUUGGAAAAUGCCAAAAUACUACUACUAAUAAUAAUAGGAAACCUCUGCAUUUGUCAGGUGCACCAUAGAUUUCAGAGUGCUUCCCAGUAUUUGUUUUACUGGCCCUGAGAAAGAGGCGGGGUCGGAGUUCUUGCACCCAUUGAACAAAUGAGGAAACUGGUUCUAGAAGGAAAGGGAACUUGCCAGUGUGAGCAGAAUGCUAGUGUCUUAAUAGGCUUCUCUGAACCCUGCUGCCUCUAGGUGAGCUGGCUAGAACCACAGAGAGGAGGUAAAAAGGAGACGUAGGAAUGACCUAAUUACUUUUGUUCUUUCUAUACCAGUAAGUAAAAACUAACAUCUAGUACCUCACAGUUCACAAAGCAAUUUCACAUCCAUUCAUCUGGCUUAACCCUGUGAAAUAGAGUAUUCCUCCCAUUUGAUCCAUGGGGACACGGAGACUUGGGAAAGCAAAGAGACUUGCUUAUCAGUGGCACAGCCACCCAAAUCCCAGUUUGUCCGCUUUCCCUCCAGUCAGAUUCCACACACAGGCUUGUGGACUGAAGCAUCUGUGCUCUGCACCCCCUCUUUGCCCUAGUAUGUAAUUGCAGAUCAAAGACCGGCCCCAAGGCAAAAAGGUGCAGAACGGCCGUGGUCUGGAAGAUCCCAAGUCCAGCACCCCUUUCUCAGUAUCUGUAGUAGAGCCCCAGUUCUGCUGGCCUCCCCUACUUGCUUUGACGGAGAUCCACAAGCCUAGCCAAGCUUAGGGAGUCAUCGCAAAGGGAGUAAGUCCAGGAGAGCAGGGGCAAUAGUGUGCCUCGGGCAGGAGGAACAUUCCUGGUAGGAUCAUAAGCAUCUGCUGGGCAGCAUCCAAAAGUACUGGAUGGCCCAAUGGCAAAGCUGGACAGAAGGUCAGCUGGAAGGGCUGGGUCACUGUAGGAAGGCCAGCAAGCCAGAGAGGACAAGGGGUGUGCCCACAGGACAUAGCUACAAAGGUGGCAGCGGCAUGCAAACGCCUCUCCACUGUCUCCCCCACCCCAGCACCACAAGCUUGGUGGCCGGGGUUAGGGGCGCUGGUGGUUCCAGUCAGUAGACUGUCCUCUUGGUUUUCCCGGCUUCUCCCUGACUCCCUCUCCUCAUCAGCCUAGGGCCCAGGAAUCUGGAGUCUGGAGUGCCCCCAAGUGGUCAGAACAUAACCUUGUUGCCACUUUCUGAAAAAACGUAAUGUUUUCUUCAGACAGGACAGUUGCUACAGCUCUUCUCUCUUGGCAGUGACCCUAAAGUGUAUAUCCCCUUAGCUAAAUGUUGAACAAGGCCAAGUUCAAUAUCCAUAGGUUCACCUAUCCAUGAUUUUUUUUUUUUUAAUGUACAAAGUACCUUGACAUGAUUGCCAAAUUCUCACUUUACACAUGGGAAAAACUAAGUCUCAGAAGGCUUAGGAGACUUGGGGCACCUGGCUGGCUCAGUCAGUAGAGCAUGGGACUCUUGAUCUCAGGGUCAGGAGUUAAAGCCCCAUGUUGGGCCUAGAGCUUACUUAGGGGGAAAAAAAAAAAAGGCUUAAGAGAUUUGACAAAAGUCAUACAGUUAAGAGAAGGAGCCUAAAUUUGACCCUUCAAAUUCUCUGCUCUUUCAGCUGGCAUCUGUCACCUGCUGGGUCUCGGUGGCAGGCAAUCAAGAAGGGUUGAGCUGUCUACCCCAAACAGAGGAAGACUCCCUAGAGAUCUGGGGAGCUCAGUCCUCCCAGCUGAGAUUUUUAUGAUGGGCAGGCCUUGAGGACCCUGGCAGCACCAGGAGGAUGAAAAUUGGCAACAAAAGGCCUAACUUGAACAAAACACUUUGGGGUCAUAAUGCCUUGGACUGAAGCCACAUUCAAGGGUAGCUUCAGGUAUCUGCCCAUUGAAAGACCCAUGGCCCUGGGAAGCCUGUACACCCUGCUUUCUGACCCUGGAAAGCCUGCCCACUGUCCACAUGCAGUGAGUUGGCACUCCCAGGGGACCUGGUGUAGCCCUGAAUGGCCAAAAGCACAUCGGACUUCAAUUCCUGGGCUUGCUUUUCCCCACAGAUGAGAACCAGGACCAAAGAGUUCUUACUCUAUCUUAGCUCUUACCCCUGGCCACCCAAAUUGUUCCAAGUUUGAGAUUUACUACUCCCAGAGAGCGGGGCGGGUGGGGGGGGGUCCUUUGUUCUGAGUGGCAUUCAGAAAUGAAUCACAUGGAACAUAAAAGUAGGGCAGGCCCCUUGGUCACCAAGCCUGGGGCCCUGCAUAUCAGAAUCCUUAGCUCUGCUCCAUGGGCAGAGAAGGAAGGCCCGGAGGGCAUGGGUCUUAAUCUUUGUGUGGUCUUAGUUAUAGCACUCUGGCUGGAUUAAUCACUUAGAGGUCACCGUUGUGGCUGAGUGAAGAUACAUGGAAUCUCUGCUUUUCCAUCCUGUAUUCUACCAUGUCCCUACAGAGUAUGCCAUCCCAUCUGCUUGCCAAGCUUCAGAGAGGGGCAGGUCAGGCAGUGGAGCGGGCAGGUAGGAGACCAUCUCCGUGCAGGUGCACAGCCCCAGGGGAAUCCAGGCCCCUCCCAAAAGCAAGAUCACAGCAGAGGAAACCCAGCCAGGCUAACCAUCGAUUCCGUACCUGAGCGUCUUGAGAUCAGGCUCCCAUGGGCAUGCCAGGCAGACUGUGGUCCUUCACCUGUGUUCCUGUCUCCUAGAAAACUUGUUUCUGAAGUUAUAUAUUACAUGGUUCCAGGGCCCAGCCUUCAAAAUUCCUGCCUGGCAGGCCAGCUUCAACAUUCCGUAGCCAAAUUUGCCUGAGCCAGACUUGGGCCCCGUUCCCUCAGUUUUUCCAAUGAUUAUUUUAUAUCUUGCAUGCUGUUGAGUCCAGUCCAGUGGCCAAGGGAGGAACACAGGGGUUGGGACUGGCCGCCACAAGCCAGAAAGGGAAA